AAUAAAAAUACAAAAUGCUACAUAUAACAUUUCUCAUUUCAAAUAAAUGUCACUUGAAUUCACUCCAUAAAGUUGUGUUUGGGGUUGUGCAAGAAUGGUAUAUAUACGAAUGAAGAUGAGAGGAAAAUUUAUGUAGAGAUGUAAAUAUCUAAGAUGAUGAUGAUUAUUACUUGAGCGUAGUUACUACCUAUGUUUUUAUUAUUAUUUCGGUGCACCUCUGUUUGUCUUGUCUUACUCGGUUUCUUCUAAUGCUCGUGUUUGAUAAAAUAUUGUUUAGGUGAGGCUGGGUGGUAAGGACGAACUCUAAUAGCAAGGAGAUCUUAGUUUAAAACGCACUAGAACUAAAAGUUAAAUUUCUUCACCUUGAUAUCAACAGCCAGACCUUAUUUUUGUUUUCUACUAACUGAAAGAUUCAAUAACUGCUAAAUAAUUUUUCUUAUUUAUCAAACACAUCGUGUUUGUACGCAUUGAUUAUAUAUAUAUACACUUUCCUUUAUGACAUAAAUCAUCAAUGGAUCAUUGCCUUGAUCAUGAAGUGAUCAAAGAUAGUCACGCUACUUGCAUGAGGUUGCUUUGUCGCGCAAGUUAUGAUCAAUUUUUAAAGGAAAUGUAGACACCAUAAAAAAAAAUUAUAAAUAAUUUGUUUCAUAAUUUUAAAUAAUGGUAUAAGAUAUGUAUUCGUUACAUAAUUUUAAAUAAUGGUAUAAGAUAUGUAUUAAUAUCAGUAAUAUGAUCAAUCUCAUAUAUAUAAUAUAUAAGCAACACAAUAAGUUAUACCAAACAAAACCAUUAAUUGCAUCAUGUUGGAUAAAAUGUAAAUAGAAAAGUAAAAUUCAUCACAUAAUGUUGUUGGUUAAGUACCCAAAUAUGAUCACCUACCAUUACUCUUUCAUUUUUGUUGUCAAAUACUCAUCUGCAUUGUUAUUAGAAUCCCAAUCUGCAUUGUUAUUAGAAUCCCAAUUCACAUCGUAAGAAAUUACGAUUAUGUGACUUAAAUUGGGCCAAACAUUCCAGAUCACAUUAGAAUCUUAAAUUUAGUAUGAUCUCGAAAUGAUUAUAAUCCCAAUUCUACAAUAAUCUCAAUCCUACCAUUUCUUUUAAUUAUAUAUUUCUUAUCUUAUAUAUUCGUAUGUAUACAUAUAUACGGAAAAAAAUUCGACAAAUUGCUUUUUCUAAUGUCUCCGACAUUAUCAUUAUCAGUAAUUUUUUAUUUAAUUUGUAUUGAAAGUAAAAUUUUAUUAUCCUUAAUCCGAUUUACAAAUCCCUCAUAAUGAUCCCACCUAAAAUUCCGAAUUGUUCAAAAAUCCAUCUAUCAUAUAUACCAAGAAGUAGCAAGACAUGUAACGCGCUUAGACAUUUGGGCCCAAAAAUAUUAUGCAUUCUUUCAAAAUUUAAUAUGUGAAUAUUUUAAAGUUUUGGUAAAUUGGUAUCAAAGUCAGGCCUCGGACAUGCUAUGAGUGGGCUAUCCCCUAUUACAGGUCAUCAGCUCAUCAAUGCUUGUUAACCACCAACGAAUAGGCACACCCUACCUCCGUUAAAGCUUAAAUAGUCUACGUUUUUUUAAAUGAAAAAUGGUACGUGGCGCCCAUGUGAACAUUUUGUUUAAUGGUCAAACCUUAGGUUUAUGACCAUGAUAUGUUGGGUUGCAGCUCAGCCGUCUGAUUAAUGUCAGUCAAUCAUUUAAAUCAAAGCAUUUGUAACAGAGUACAGAGUUGAUGAAACAGUUCAAAUUACGGAGUUAAUUAGUAGUCAUUUGAACAGAGACUACGUAUGUUACGAUGUAAAAUGGUAUCAUCCCUAUUUGCUCUCGUUGUAAACAAGGUGUUACUUUGUCACCUUCGGUAUCUUUUAUAAAGUCCCUUGUUUUUCCGUCCUUUGGUUCCAAGAACUCCUCAAGAAGAGAGAGAGAGAGAGUGAGAGAGAGAGGGGGAGGGGUCUAUCUAAAAAAAUUGUUUCAUUUUUCAGGCACCUCAAGGUGAGAAUUGUGAUCAUGGCAUGUACUUCAAUGUCCAUAACCACCACUUCUCCAGUCCCAACAGUACCUAACAAUACAUUCAAAGAACAUAAUGGUCUUUGCCGGAUUCUUUCCUGGAAGAACCUCUGUAACCGAGCCAAAAUCAUGACACGGUCAUAUUCCGACAACCAUCUUCACUACAACCAAAUUCGGGCCUCAACAACGCAGCAACCAGAACUAAAGAAUAGCCAUUCUAUGGGGAUGUUCAAUUUCAAGUUGUCCAGUUCAAUUUUCCCAAGCUCGCUUCGGUCAUUUCUAUUUGAUCCGGAUACGAGUAAGGAGAUGAACAUAACAGAUUCGAGUAAGGAGAUGAAUAUAACAGAGACGAGUAAGGAGGAGAUGAACAUAACGGAGACCACAACAGAGAGCGACGAAGACGAGGAGGAGGUGAAAAAGAGAGCAAAUUGGGUCGAGAGGCUACUGGAGCUUCGAAGCCAUUGGAGAGAGAGGCAACAGAAAGAUGAAGUGGCUGGCGAUGUAGAUAGCCACCAAGAUUGCGAUGAAGAUGAGGGUGGUUGUGAAGCGGACUAUGGCGAUGAAGAAGAAGAGGGGAAGCCAAAAAUUGAUUGCGAGUCAUUCUCAAGAUUGUUGGUUGAAGUUCCGUGGUCUGAUGCUAAGCUUUUAGCUCAGCUAGCCUUCCUGUGCAACAUGGCUUAUGUGAUACCAGAGAUUAAGGCUAAGGAUUUAAGACGAUACUAUGGUCUACGCCUCGUAACAUCUUCCUUAGAGAAGAAAGCAGAAGCAGAAGCACUAAAAGCAAAACCAGAUAGGGAAACCAAUGGCGUACCUGUGACUGCCUCAGCUCCCACUGUAUCUGAUCCAGAGAAAGCAGGAAUAUCUGACGAGAAACGUGUAAACCGCCCCACUGUUGCGUAUGAGAUUGCUGCUUCAGCUGCAUCAUAUGUCCACUCGUACACCAAGGACCUUUCAUCCCUUGGCUCGGAAACCGAACAGGAAGGCAAUGAUGUGGCAUCAGAUGGUGAUGAAGAUCACGGACAAGAGGAAGAGAGUUCGUCACCUCGAGUAUACAAAUCAGAGAUGGCUGCUUCUUUGGCAGCUUCAACUAUGACAGCAGUGGUCGCUGCAGGUGAGACAGAAAAACAGGAGGCGGCAAGGGACCUUCAAUCGCUUCAUUCAUCGCCUUGUGAAUGGUUUGUUUGUGAUGAUCCGAGCACAUAUACUCGCAACUUCAUCAUCCAGGGAUCGGACUCUCUAGCAUCGUGGCAGGCAAAUCUCUUCUUUGAACCCACUAAAUUCGAGGGGACGGAAGCGCUUGUUCAUAGAGGAAUUUAUGAAGCUACAAAGGGAAUGUACGAGCAAUUCAUGCCAGAAAUUAUGGAGCAUUUGACUAACCAUGGGGAACGGGCAAAGCUUCAAUUCACAGGUCAUUCUCUUGGCGGUAGCCUUUGACUCUUAGUCAACUUGAUGCUCUUGUCGAGGAAGGUUGUCAAGCCCAAUGUUCUGCGACCAGUUGUUACCUUUGGAUCACCGUUCGUGUUCUGUGGAGGCCAAAAGUUUCUUAACGAGUUGGGCUUGGAUGAGGACCGUGUCCAUUAUGUGAUGAUGCAUAGAGAUAUUGUCCCACGAGCAUUCGCUUGCAACUACCCCAACCAUGUGGCCCUACUCCUCAAGCAUUUGAAUGGCUCUUUCCGAUCCCACCCUUGUCUGAAUAAGAAGAAACUAUUGUACUCUCCUAUGGGUAAAAUAUUCAUUCUCCAACCCGACGAGAAGACAUCUCCUCCUCACCCUUUACUCCCUCCAGGGAGUGCCCUCUAUGCCCUAGAAAACACUCAAUGCAGCAUUACCAACAAUGCCCUCGGUGCCUUCCUCAAUUCCCCCCACCCACUGGAAACUUUAAAGAACCCUACAGCCUACGGUUCAGAAGGUACCAUCCUCAGAGACCAUGAUUCAGGCAACUACCUCAAGGCUGUCAACGCGGUUAUAAGGCAAAACACAAAGAUAGUCGUCAGGAAGGUGAGGAAACAGAGAAGUCUCUUGUGGCCGCUAUUGACUUCAAAAUCACCACAUGCAUGGAGCCAUGAACGUGACCUAGAGGGUAACAGGCUGGUAACUAAUGAAGUGAUGACCGGUGUCUAAAGUAUUAUCACAGAAUGUAGAUUAUGUUCAUAACAGCUCAAGUUUGGAGUACAAUUUUUUCUUCUUUUUUUUUCUCACCUAUCUCAUGUACAUACGUUGCCUACACUUCCUAGUGACAAUUGUAUACGUUUGUUAUCCACAAAUUUAUAAAGGUACAGUUGCUCACACUUCCAAUGA